UUCGUCCGCUGCUAGCUGAAUUUCUGGCACUGUUGCAGAAUGGCUUCGACUUUUCAUUUUUCCACAGAAGUUCCUCCAGAUUCAAUGUUCAAUGACAUUCAGUCACUUAAUAAAUUCAAUGAAGAACAAUUUACUCAGCUUGUUGCAGUUGUCAUCAGCUUUCUUCUUGAGCCAAAUAAGUCCAGCAAAUUAUUAGGUCAACUGGAUGAAUUUUCAGAUGAGCAAGGAGUCAGCGGACCAGCUCUACGAAAUGUGGUUAAAAGCCUUCUAGCUGUGCCAUACAGUGCAGUGAGAAAAAACUUAAGCCCUAGUGACUUGAAAGAAGACUUUGUUAAUCUUGGUCUGUCAGAAGAAAAAGCGGGCUAUGUAUCAAAUGAGUGGAAGCGUAACCUGGUUGGUUUAUCAAGAAGUGCGGUUGGUCAAACCCUGAUGGUGAAUCAGCUGGUAGACAUGGAAUGGAAGUUUGGAGUAACAGCAGCAAGCAGUGAACUUCAACAAGUUGGAAGCACGUUUAUUCAGAUGAAGUUGGUUGUCAACAAGGGUAACAAGACAGAGAAUGUCUACAUGGAGCUAUCAGUGCCAGAGUUCUACUCAUUCUUACAUGAAAUGGAGAAAGCCAAAGCAAGCUUGGAGUACUUCAGUUAGCAGGAUAGAUCAUCCAAAGCUCAAAGUGUUUUAAAAAAUCUUGUGUAAGAUAGGGUUGAUUAUUUUCCUCUAUCAGAAGUCUGAGCUGGUAAUUUACGAAACCAGAUUACCCUAGAUUAUCUUGAAGCGAUUUGUGUUUUGCUUGGUCUCUCUACACGUAAUGAGUUUGCAUGCAGAGAUGACGCAAAAUAUAUCUGUAUAUUUUCCAUUGUCUCACAUCCAGGAUCUGAGGAUGCAUAGAAAGAGAUAUGCAUCAUAUUGCUCCAUGUAGAAACAAAUAUGUCACAAUUUUAAUCAAGAUGAGACGGCGCUAGAUACCCAGGGACACAACAUUCAUUUAUGUCACAAGUGUAAAAUCUGAGACCCUGCUCAUUGUGACAAAAUAGAACCGGUAUCCCAUUUUUUAAGGGUGAAAAAUAUCAAUUUUCAUGAUUUUGCUCUAGAUGUCUGAUUUGGAUAAUAAAUAUAUUGACUGGUUCUUUCAAGGAACAUCAAAUGUAAUU